AUUUUUUAAUUAUGAAUUAUCAGUAUGUAUGUCGAAGUGUAGAAAUGAAGAAUGAUAAUUGAUUAAUUUUUAGUUAAAAAUUAUCAGUAUGUGAAAUGAUAAACUUUUAAUAAUUUAUUCAAUUGUAUCGAAUUUUUAAUUUGUACUAUCAAUAUGAUAUUGUAGGCGUCGGGGUGUCUCUCAUUCUACGAUAUCCGAGAAAUUCUGAAAUAUUAAAGCCUUUAGUAAAAAAAAUUUAUGCAUACCCAAAAUUUUCUCUUAGUCAAUUUAGUUGUUAGUUUACAAGGGCCCCAUUUUUUUUAUCCGCCCCUAGGCCACCAAAGUCUCAGAAACGGGCCUGUCUCUGACGGUGCAAUAAAAAAAGAAUGAAGGAAGUAUUAUAUUUUAUCAUUUCUCUCUUUACUUUAAAUCCCACUCAACUUCUUUAUCAUUUCUCUCUCUUCCAUAGUCCCCACUAAAAUAAUAAAAUAUCAUCUCUCACAUACUUUCUCUUUCAGGGAUGGUACCCCUCUUACAAUAUUAUAUUACUCUUCUAAAAUUUUAUAAAAUCCAAAAAAUAAAAAUAAAAAAAAUAAAAAAAACAAACAAAAAAAAAAUUAAAAAAAACAACAAAAACGAGGGAGUUGUAUUUUACGUAACGGAUGGUUUUACACCUCCACAAAACGUUAAGCAAAUCAUUAUCAUCCAUUAAUAAUUGAUAAACAUGAAUACAUGAUGUUGCAUUAGAAUCACUAAUCAGUCUCAUACUCUCAUCUCUUUGAAUUUUCUACAUACAAUUUGGAUUUCACCUAUUCGAGCAUCAUCUAUGUCCUUCAUUUUUAUUUGUUCUUUCAACUUAUUUGAAAAUAUCAUAGCAUUAACAAAUUAGGUCUCUUUCUUUCUCUCUAUACUGCCAUAACAUGCAUAGCAACUGUUGUGGAACAAAAGUAUGGUCACCUUAUCCCCUAAAAGAAAAGUGUAUCUAUUUUUCAAACUUUUUAUUUUUUAUUUUUACAUAAAGUAAUUUUGAAAUUACAUAUCUUUAAUAAUAGGACUUUUAAUUUUGUGAAAAAUUACCUUGCUUAUACAAGUCAAUUUUUGUGAAAAACUACCUAAUUAGAAAAUGUUUUAAGAAACUAAGCUACCUUUUAAACAAUCCAUGUUAUAAGGAACUACCUCAUAAAACAAUAAUUAAUGUUGUAAAAAGUUACCUCUUGCCCAAUUAUUGCAUUGAAUAAAACACAUUUAAUGACUAUUUUCAAUCAGUUUUUUCUCCUUUUUCCCCCCAAUUUCUCCAUAAGCCCCCUUAUAACCCCUAAUUCCCCUUCACUUUUAUGCUAUAUUAAACAUAUGAUAACAAUUAACAACAUUUAGUUUUUAUAAGGUAUUUUCUUACAAUAAUUUUUUUUUAUAAAGGUAGUUUUUCACAAAAUUUGAUGGAUGUUAGGUAUUUUUUCACAAUAAAUCUUUAAUAAUAUAUAAAACUAUUAAAAUAUAGAAAGCCCUUUAAAAAAAAUAAAGCAAAAUAAAAAAUAGGAGACUUUUAGGUGCUAUAUAUAUGAUGGUUUAUACAUAGUAUAAUCCUCAACCAUAUUCAAAGAAACUCAUAAGAUAGCUUAAUAAUAUAAUGGCAAAGUUAUUAUUAUUAAUUUUUGGGGUGUUCAUCUUUGUUAACUCCCAAGCUCAAACUAGCCCAACAAUUUUAGAAAAACAUAAUUCUGAAAAAAUUACUGAUGUUUUCCAUAAGGGUAAUUUUCAAGUGACAAAUAAUCCAAUAAGGGUGAAAAAAUAUGAAUUUACUGCUCCAGAGCCUUUGAUCAUUAUUUCACCUAAAGAAGCAGGAGUUUAUCCUGUUCUUUUGUUUAUUCAUGGCACCAUGCUUUCUAAUGAAGACUACUCUGUAUUCUUUAAUUAUAUUGCUUCUCAUGGCUUCAUCGUCGUUGCUCCUAAGUUGUUCCGGUUAUUCCCGCCUAAACUACCUAGUCAACAAGACGAGAUAGACAUGGCAGCAUCCGUAGCAAACUGGAUGCCUCUAUAUCUACAAGGGGUGUUACAAAGAUACGUUACCGGAGUUGAAGGUGAUCUCGAAAAACUCACAAUCUCCGGUCAUAGUAGAGGAGGAAAAUCAGCGUUUGCUCUUGCACUUGGUUUCUCCAAUAUCAAGCUAGACGUUACAUUUUCAGCACUAAUUGGUGUAGACCCUGUUGCUGGUAGAAGUGUAAAUGAUCGAACAUUGCCUCAUGUUCUAACCUACAAACCCAACUCGUUUAAUCUAUCGAUUCCAGUCACGGUAAUUGGUUCGGGAUUGGGUAACCACACCAUCUCAUAUGCCCCGAAUUACGUGAGCCAUCAACAAUUUUACGACGAGUGUAAGGAAAAUUUGUUGCAUUUUGUUAUUACAAAGUAUGGUCACAUGGAUAUGUUGAAUGAGUUAAGACUAAGUCCUAUAGCCGUGACUACGUCACUUAUGUGUGCACAAAGUUUCCGUCCGAAAGCUACUAUGAGAAGAACACUAGGUGGAAUCAUGGUAGCUUUUCUUAACGCCUAUUUUCGAGACGAUGGAAGGCAAUACUACGCCAUUAUAGCUAAUACAUCCUUGGCUCCUACUAACCUCUUUGCUGAGAAAAAGGGAUUCAACUUUGGGUUUGCAACAACUUAUGCUCAACUUUAAAGCUUAAUUUUCUCAUAUAGUUUCAUGUGA